CUGGGAAAUUGGAAGAAGAUUGAUUGAUUGCGAAGAGAAAUGAUGAUGAGCUUCUCCUCCUCCAUUGCAUCAUCAUCAUCCCUCUCUCUUCUUCUGUCUUCAUCUCACAAGAAAUUGCCCAUCGAUCUCAAUUCGUUUCCAAACCCUAACCAGAGAUGCUCAGUUAGCGUCAGAACGGCGAGAGUGGUUGCUGCUAUGAACAGAGCUAUCCGGCGUCAGCGGCAGAGUCAAGCCGUGUCCGCCACUGAAUCCAGGGUUUCUCUUGUCUUUGCUCUCGCCUCUCAGGCUUCCUCUGUCUCUCAACGCCUUUUAGCUGAUUUGGCGGUGGAGACUGCGAAAUACGUUUUCCCGAAGAGAUUCAAUAGCUCUAAUCUUGAAGAAGCGUUGAUGUCCGUUCCUGAUCUCGAGACAAUGGAAUUCAGAGUUGUAAGUAGGACUGAUAAGUACGAGAUUAGACAAGUUGAGCCUUACUUUGUCGCCGAGACUACAAUGCCAGGGGAAACUGGAUUUGACUUCUAUGGUGCUUCUAAGUCUUUUAAUGUGUUAGCUGAGUACCUAUUUGGUAAGAACACAAGAAAGGAGAAAAUGGAGAUGACGACCCCUGUUGUUACUCGUAAAGCCCAAUCUGUUGGAGAAAAGAUGGAAAUGACUACUCCAGUAAUUACUACCAAGGCAAAAGAUCAAACUCAGUGGCGGAUGUCUUUUGUCAUGCCCUCAAAGUAUGGUUCGAAUUUGCCACUGCCAAAAGAUUCUUCAGUCAAAAUUCUGGAGGUGCCACGAAAGAUUGUUGCUGUUGUAGCUUUCUCAGGCUAUGUUACCGAUGAAGAGAUUGAGAGACGGGAGCAAGAAUUAAGGCGGGCUCUUCAAAACGACAAGAAGUUUCGAGUGAGAGAUGGAGUUUCAGUUGAAGUUGCACAGUAUAAUCCACCAUUCACUCUCCCGUUUAUGCGCCGCAACGAGGUCUCUCUGGAAGUUGAAAGCAAAGAAGAUUAGCCCCAUGACAAGUACACACAUACAUACAUGUAUAUACACAGUUAAAUAUUUGUGCUAAAGACAAAACGCGUUUACUUGAAUAGUUGAAUACGAUUAGUAAUUAAUGGUCUUAGAAGCCAUUUUCUUCACCCACCA